AUGGAGUCGGUAAAACAAAGGAUUUUGACCCCUGGCAAGGAGGGAUUGAAGAAUUUUGCUGGAAAAUCGCUUGGCCAACUCUACAGGAGAGUCCUAGAGAAGCGGCAGAAGCCCGGGGACACCAUCGAGCUGACGGAAGAUGGGAAGCCCAUGGAAAUGCCCGAGAAGAAAGCCCCGCUAUGCGACUGCACCUGUUUCGGGCUGCCCCGGAGGUACAUCAUUGCCAUCAUGAGCGGACUGGGAUUCUGCAUUUCCUUCGGGAUCCGAUGUAACUUGGGAGUGGCCAUCGUGGAUAUGGUCAAUAACAGCACCAUACACCGAGGAGGAAAAAUUAUUAAAGAGAAAGCGAAGUUUAAUUGGGAUCCUGAAACAGUCGGCAUGAUCCAUGGCUCUUUUUUCUGGGGAUACAUAAUCACCCAGAUUCCCGGCGGGUACAUCUCGUCCCGGCUGGCAGCUAACAGAGUAUUUGGUGCUGCUAUACUGCUGACAUCCUCCCUGAACAUGUUAAUACCGUCUGCAGCCAGGGUGCACUAUGGUUGUGUCAUCUUUGUCAGGAUCUUGCAGGGCCUUGUAGAGGGGGUCACCUACCCUGCCUGCCAUGGUAUUUGGAGCAAGUGGGCCCCCCCAUUAGAAAGAAGUAGGUUAGCAACCACUUCCUUUUGUGGUUCCUAUGCAGGAGCUGUUAUUGCAAUGCCUUUAGCUGGAAUUCUAGUGCAAUAUACUGGGUGGUCUUCUGUGUUCUAUGUGUAUGGGAGCUUUGGUAUAGUCUGGUACAUGUUUUGGCUUUUGGUUUCAUAUGAGAGUCCUGCAAAGCAUCCUACAAUCACAGAUGAAGAAAGGAGAUACAUAGAAGAAAGCAUUGGAGAGAGUGCCAACCUCCUAGGUGCAAUGGAAAAAUACAAAACUCCAUGGAGAAAAUUUUUUACAUCUAUGCCAGUCUAUGCAAUAAUUGUUGCAAACUUCUGUAGAAGCUGGACUUUUUACUUGCUGCUUAUUAGCCAGCCUGCUUAUUUUGAGGAAGUGUUUGGAUUUGAAAUAAGUAAGGUGGGUAUCUUAUCUGCUGUGCCGCAUUUAGUGAUGACAAUUAUUGUUCCUAUUGGGGGACAAAUUGCAGACUUUUUAAGAAGCAAGCAGAUUCUUUCAACCACUACUGUAAGAAAGAUAAUGAACUGUGGAGGUUUUGGUAUGGAAGCAACUCUUCUGCUCGUGGUGGGAUAUUCUCACAGUAAAGGAGUGGCUAUUUCAUUCUUAGUGCUUGCUGUAGGCUUUAGUGGAUUUGCCAUAUCUGGAUUCAAUGUCAACCAUUUAGACAUUGCCCCAAGGUAUGCCAGCAUCUUAAUGGGUAUUUCUAAUGGAGUCGGGACCUUGUCUGGAAUGGUUUGCCCUAUAAUUGUCGGAGCAAUGACAAAGAACAAGACACGUGAAGAGUGGCAGUACGUCUUCCUCAUUGCUGCUUUAGUUCAUUACGGAGGUGUUAUCUUCUAUGGCAUAUUUGCUUCAGGAGAGAAACAACCCUGGGCAGACCCUGAACAGACAAGUGAAGAGAAAUGUGGCUUUAUUCAUGAAGAUGAACUCGCUGAAGAGACAGGGGACAUUACUCAGAAUUAUGUAAAUUACGGUACCAAGUCUUACGGUGCUACAACCCAGGUCAAUGGUGGCUGGCCUAGUGGUUGGGAGAAAAAAGAGGAAUUCGUACAAGAGGAAGUACAAGACUCAUACAACUACAAGGAAAGAGAUUAUUCAUAA